ACUGUGGGGGAUUGUGGGCCAGCCUCCGCUCAUUCACGCGUGUACUGAGAGUUGAUGUUCAUUGAACACAAACAGAGGAGCGGCGCAGACCUGUUGAGGAGAUUGUGACAGCAAUUUAUUUUCUGUUUAAAUUGUCAAACCUCGUCGCCAAACUUUGGGACAUUUCUGUCGCUGUAAUAGCUGUUAAAGUCGCCAUGGAGCCGAUAACGAAGUGGACGCCAAAGCAAGUUUUCGAAUGGAUGAGAGGUUUGGAUGACAACCUGCAGCAGUAUGUGACCAACUUUGAGCGGGAGAAGAUCAGCGGGGAGCAGCUGCUGAAGAUCACGCAUCAAGACCUGGAGGAGCUCGGCGUGGCCAGGAUCGGACACCAGGAGCUGGUGCUGGAGGCGGUGGAUCUGCUCUGCGCUCUGAACUUCGGGGUAGAGACGGACAACUUAAAGAAUCUGGUUGUGAGGAUGAGAGCCGCCACCAACAGUCUACACAUGGCCACGUCUGACCGCAGGAAAAGCCCAGCGUACGACGGCAGCAUCUCUCGCAAGCCCCCCAACGACUUCCUCACCUCUGUGGUAGAGCUGAUCGGCGCCGCCAAGAGCCUCUUGGCUUGGCUCGACAGGACGCCUCUUACAGGGAUCAGCGACUUCACAGCCACCAAGAACAAGAUCAUUCAGCUGUGCCUGGAGCUCACCACCACAGUUCAACAGGACUGCAGUGUUUACGAGAUGGAAGAGAAGAUCCUGGAAGUUUCGAAGAUUCUGAACAACAUCUGCGAUCAGACCGUGAGAACCACCUCUGACCCCCUCAUGAGCCAGUCAGCCUGCCUGGAUGAGGUCCAGCUGAACAAUAUCAAACCGGGAGAGGGCCUGGGGAUGUACAUCAAGUCUACGUACGAUGGGUUGCAUGUCAUCACAGGAACCACAGAACAUUCACCUGCAGACCUCUCUAGGAAGAUCCAUGCUGGCGAUGAGGUGAUCCAGGUCAACCAUCAGACAGUGGUGGGCUGGCAGCUGAAGUACCUGGUUGUCAAACUGCGGGAGGACCCAAAAGGUGUGGCCCUACUGCUUAAGAAGAGGCCCACGGGCCCAACAGGUUUCACCCCCGCCCUGCUCAAGAACAUGCGCUGGAAGCCCGCAGUACCACAGAACAAUUCCUCCUUGAUCAGAACCCAAUCUCCCUGCGGCUCGGCCAACGGAUCCGCCAAGAAGGAGAAGCCGGCCAUCCUGAACCUGUACAUCCCCCCCCCUCCUCCAAUGCCUUACACCCCACGAGAGGGGAGGACAGAAACCUUCAGCAGCAUCAGUGUCAGUAAAAGACCAAAGGGCUCUGAGUCUCCAAACUCCUACCUGGACCAGGAGAGGAUGAGGCACUGCACCAUCGCAGAAUACGACAAGCUGAGCUUCGGCUGUCCCAUCGAGGCCAACGUGAUCCAGAGCAGAUUGCGGGAGCACAAGCCCUCGCGUGGGAAGCCCCGGCCCCUCUCCAUGCCAGUGGAUACCUGCCUGGGUGUGGUAGACCCCUACGCUAAGCCCUGGACACAGGGAAGGAAAGGUGAAGACCUCCUCCACAGAUACCUGAGCAACGAGAGGAUCCCCACCAUCGCAGAGGAGGCCCCCUCGGUGUCCCCCUCGGUGUCCCCCCCCUACAGGCCUGCGGGGGAGCGUCACCUGGUCAGAGUGGACCACAUCAGGGGCAGCCGCUACUACUCCAACUCAGACCUCCACAACAGCGCCACCAUCCCCUACCAGGAGGACCUGAAAAAGACCCCCGUAGGUCCCGCCUCCAAGCGCGCCACGGCAGAUCGCUCCCUACUGGGACCUGACUGGCACUCUAGCAGUGACUUCCUCAACCGGUAUAAUCAACCACAAAUACGAUCCUGGUCCUUCUCCCAAGCAGCUGCCUUCCCCAUAUCUGUGCCUCCUUCCAUGGCUGCCGAUGACUACAACCCUGUCUCCCUCCGACACAAAUCCAAGAGGAAGAUUCGAGGAGGCAAUGGUACAAUGAGCAGGAGGCGGAUCUCGGUCAAAGAGCUGGGUCAGCCGGACCACCAGGGCUGGCUGUACAGGAAGAAAGAGAGCAAAGGCUUCCUGGGCAUCAAAUGGAAGAAGUACUGGUUUGUGCUGAAGAAGACGGCUCUGUACUGGUACAACAACCAGCUGGCGGAAAAGGCUGAGGGCUACAUUGACCUCGCAAACUUCAUGAUCGACCGAGCCAUAGAAUGCAAGAAGAAACAUGCGUUCAAGGCCUGCCACCCACAAGUCAUGAUGUUUUAUUUCGCUGCUGAGAGCCAUGAAGACAUGAACCUGUGGUUGAAUAAGCUCGGGUUAGCCUCCAUUAAGUAUGAGCCAACAGAACAAAACACGGCAGUUGCAGAGUGUUACAGUGAAGCCAGUGACCACGAAGAAGCUGAAAGCACAGAGAUUCCCCCUCCACCGUACUCUGAACAAACCCUGAGGGACUCCGUGGAUGCACCCGUCCCACCUGGAAGCACAAAUCAGGGUACACUUCCUCCCCCCUAUUCCUCCGCAGUCCCCAGCGAAGCCACCGGCUCACUCUCCUCCCCCGUCAGCACCAUGACAUCACAUAGCUCCACCUCCUCGCUCGCCAAGCACCGGCAGUCCUGGUUGGACCUGGUCUCCCAAGCACCCCCUCCAACUGGGGAAACGGCAGUGGUGUGCUCAGUUCAAGUACACUCACCCCGGCUCCCACAAGGGGAGGUUGAGGAAGAGGAGGACCCCCAGGUGUCGGAGAGCUCCUCUCAUCAGGAUUCUCUGGAAGCGGGGUCCCACGAAGAAAGCCCUGCUGCGGAGGGGAAUGCUACAAGGGUCGUUUCAGGGGCUGAGAGUGAAGGGGAUCGUGGGAACAGCUCAGAUGAGAUGGAGAAGCUGUAUAUUCGUCUAAAAGAGGCCAGCCUCUCGCCAAUAGGAGACCGUAAACCAUCCACGAAAAGGGAGUUUAGGGCCUCCUUUGUAAAACGCUGUAAAAACCACACUGUCAAUGAUAAAUUGCACCAUAUCAGGACCCUCAACAGCACAUUAAAGUCAAAAGAGGCAGACCUAAAUGCAAUAGAGCAGGUGUUGACUGAACCCGGGCUUACCUCAGAAAAGUUCAGAGAGUGGAAAGAGGCCAAUGGACCCUUGCUGCAGGAGAUCUGCGUUAAACAUGACCAGCAGGUGGAACCAGAGGCCACAAAAGCUGCAGCGUCAGUCAUUGCUGUUCCUGUUGUCGAGACCAGUUUAUAAGGAAUCCUCGUGACUGCUUUUACUGGACUCAGAGACCUCACACUCACAUACUGUGGACACACACACUGCUGUAUUCAAUUAAGACUACUGUUCCAUGUCAGUGGUUUGUAAGUGCUAUUCAACAAGUAACUGGAUCAAUGAAGAGUUGUGUUUUUAGUUCCUUAUUGGACAUUAUAUGAUUAGCAGGUCGCGUUAAAAUGUGAAACGUGUCUUAGUAUUACUUUUACUGUUCGAUUUGUAAGAUCAGCUCAUUUUACAGAUUGUUUUUAUGAUGUAAUUAUGUGAACCUGUGCAUAUUUUUGGAAUGAUGGAGUACGUUGUAAUAAUGGAUCCAUUGUUUUCUGCGUGGAAACACUUGUUUUUACUGUAUGUUUUAUCUACUUUGACUUCAUCAGUAGUAAACACAUUUAAACUGUUACUGUUCAGUCAAUUAUUGGUGCCAUGCACCUUCACUGCCUGUUACACAUGUGUUUUACAGCGACUGUUUUAAAUGAUUGGUGCAUGUUCUUCGCCCUGUAACUGAUAUCAUCCUACUUAUCAUUCCACACUGAACACUGGGGCCACCACUAACUGAAUAAAUGUUGUCGUGAUAACUUUUGGGUUUUCACUUUUAAAGAGUCAAAGUUUCUAUUGAUUGUACUCUCACGUAAUUUAAAGCAAAGACAUAAGAAAUCAAAUCUAGAACAUAAAACCGUAAUGCAAACCUGCUUUGGCAUUUUUCAAACACAAACAUCAACAACUUAAUUUAUAUUUUAUAUUGACGUGAAAAAUACUUUAAUACCAACAUAUAUUGUCUACUUGACUUAAGGUAGGAUGUAGUAGUAUUGUUAGCAUAGAAUACAUGACUGAUCAUUCUCAGGAAAAAAAACCGUUAAUAUUGUCCUUUAAGAUAGACCACCGCAGGCUUUUAUAGUGUAGAUUUUCCCCUCUAUCACUUAUAAGCACAGCCACAGCUCCAGAGAGCAACAGGUUUAGGAGAGCUAGAAGGUGGCCAAACCAAGCUCCAGGCACAAAGAUGCAUUUUUUAUAAACUAUGUUUUAUAUGUUGUUCAUAUUAAAUAUUAACUGUGAAUAUUUGUACAUGGAUGUGUGACAUUGAUUCUCUGUGAUCUCGAUUCUGGUAUGAAAGACAUUUCAGAUUGUGCCUAUUUGUAUACAGGGAAAUAAA